UCCAAUGCUUCACUAGUCCUAGACAAAUGUUAAAGGCAUUUGCUGAGGUGCACCUUGAUGUCGCUGAGCAAACUACAAAGGACAUAAACACCGGCACCAGACGUCAUGAGUUACGUUGCCGCAACUGUAACAUUAAAGGACUUUUGUGGAAGGAUUGCAACAAGACGAUUAGAGCCCGUGGCUCAUGUUAUGUUUGCGGUUCAAUGGAACACUGGGCAGCUAAAUGCCCGGCCAAGACGCGCUAUUCGACUAAGGACAACUUCCCAGAACCUGGCGGAACUGCUAAGAAGACCGAAUCAGCCAGGAGCAGCGACCCAAAUGAUGACGACUACCCAAGCAAAAGCCGCCUCCAUACAACCCAGCACAACAACAAUUAUCGUGCCUCGUAGACUCGGGGAGUCCAAUCUCUAUAAUUAAGAAGUUCCUACCCGUCGAAGCGCAAAUAUCUUCAGUCGAUACACCCUAUCACGGCAUUAAUGAAAGCCAACUAAUUAUUUUUGG